AUGGUAAAACUGAAGUUGCCCAAUCCUGGCCUGGAGGACAGGAUACCUUCCCAUGCUGAACUUGAGGUCCUUGAGAAAGAAGAGGCAGACUCCAGACCAAAAUGGGACAACAAGGCACAGUACAUGCUGACGUGUGUAGGGUUUUGUGUGGGCUUAGGAAAUGUCUGGAGGUUCCCAUAUCUCUGUCAGAGCCAUGGAGGAGGAGCCUUCAUGAUCCCUUUCCUGAUUUUGCUAGUCCUGGAGGGUAUCCCCCUACUUCAUCUUGAGUUUGCCAUUGGUCAAAGGCUGAGGAAAGGCAGUGUGGGUGUAUGGAGCUCUAUCCACCCUACCCUGAAAGGGGUUGGCAUAGCAUCAAUGUUUGUAUCUUUCCUGGUGGGCUUAUAUUAUAAUACUAUUAUUGCCUGGGUGAUGUGGUAUUUCUUCAACUCCUUCCAAGAACCCCUGCCAUGGAAUAACUGUCCUCUCAAUGACAACAGAACAGAUUAUGUAGAAGAGUGUGCCAAGAGCUCUCCUGUAGAUUACUUCUGGUACAGAGAAACACUGAACAUCUCCACAUCCAUUGAGGAUUCUGGCAGUAUCCAGUGGUGGCUAUUGCUGUGUUUAACAUGUGCAUGGGCUGUGCUGUACGUGUGCACAAUCAGAGGCAUUGAAACAACAGGAAAGGCUGUGUAUGUGACAUCAACUCUCCCAUACGUGGUGCUUACCAUUUUCCUGAUCCGUGGCUUGACUCUGAAAGGAUCAACCAAUGGAAUUGUGUAUCUCUUCACCCCUAAUGUUAGUGAGCUGGCGAACCCAGUGACGUGGCUGGAUGCAGGAGCUCAGGUGUUUUACUCCUUCUCCCUGGCCUUUGGAGGCCUCAUUUCAUUCUCCAGUUACAACUCUGUUCACAACAACUGUGAGAAAGAUGCUGUGAUCGUUUCAGUGAUUAAUGGUUUCACAUCCAUCUACGCCGCCACCGUCAUAUACUCCAUCAUUGGAUUCAGAGCCACAGCAAGAUAUGAUGACUGCUUUGACAAAAAUAUUCUUACUCUGAUGAAUGCCUUCGAUUUGCCAGAAGGUAACGUAACCCAAGAUAACUUUGAACAAAUGCAGCAGCUGUGCAACAUGACUGAUCCAACAACUUUUGCAAGCCUCAAGUUUGAAACUUGUGAUCUGGAAACUUUCCUGAAUGAUGGAGCUGAAGGAACUGGUCUAGCCUUUAUUGUCUUCACUGAAGCUAUCACCAAAAUGCCUGUCUCACCUUUGUGGUCCAUUCUCUUCUUCAUCAUGCUCUUCUGCUUGGGUUUGUCAUCUAUGUUUGGAAAUAUGGAAGGUGUGCUUGUACCUUUACAAGAUCUCAAGAUUAUACCCUCCAGAGUGCCUAAGGAACUUAUUACUGGUCUUGUUUGUUUGGUGUGUUAUUUGAUAGCUUUCAUUUUUGUGCUGAAUUCUGGUAAUUACUGGCUGAGUCUAUUUGAUGGUUUUGCUGGCUCUAUUCCCCUGCUGAUAAUUGCAUUUUGUGAGAUGUUUUCAGUCGUCUACAUUUAUGGAAUUGACAGGUUUAACAAGGAUAUUGAGUUCAUGACUGGACACAAGCCCAACAUUUUCUGGCAGGUUACCUGGAGAGUCAUCAGUCCUCUCAUUAUGUUAGUUAUCUUUUUCUUUUAUUUUGUGGUGAAAGUCAACCAAGAACUGCUCUACAGUGUUUGGGACCCUAGCUAUGAGGAGUUCCCCAAAACAGAGAAGGUUGAAUAUCCCCCCUGGGUGUAUGCUAUCAUUGUAAUCCUCGCUGGAGUGCCCAGUUUGACCAUCCCAACCUUUGCCAUCUACAAAGCCAUCAGGAGCCAUUGUCAGAAAAAAAAUGAUCGUGCUGGCCUUAUCGCUACAUCUGAGACUUCCAUUAAUGGAAACUUAAAGUAUUCAUCAUAA